CAUCUCCUCGAUUAAUUUCGAAGGAAGACUAACUGUGGGUUUUUUAUUUUGACGCCUGGAUGAGUGGAAGAGAAAAACAAAACUUAUACUUCAAUAGAUAGAGUAUUCCAGAUCGAUAAACCCCAACCACUCAAAACUCUAAAACCCUACAAAAAUUUAUGAUAGUUAUUGAAAAUCUAGCAGGUUCUGGUAUCGAAUGGUAUAUAUCAUUAUAUGUUUGAAAAUGAAGAUAAUUUCUAUUGCAAUGCCCCGAAUUACAACAAAACUUGUUAACAGUAAUCGCCCUCGAAGCUGCGUUAACAUUUACAUAAGAAUAUACAAAACCCUCCAGUUUAGACCCCACAAAACCUUCAACUUCAGUCCUGAGAUACAAAACGAGCAGAUGCAUUGAAAAUAAAAUGGACACCAAACCCUUGACUUGCUUAUCAAAUUUAUCCAUAAAUUCAGAGUUUUACAGGCCUUCAAUAAACUCAUUAAGCACUUCGAAUAAUUCUCUUCGUAGUUGGCGCUACACAUUUAAACAUAUUUACUCAAAUUCCUGCAAAAUAUUGUAUUCAAAUUCUAGUAAUCACAGGCCUUUAGAAAGCCAUAUUGUCUUGAGCUCGAGUCACAAGAAAGUUUAUUUUACAGAGGGAUUUUACCCAAAUAGAGGAAGAAAACAAACGAUUGUGGUUAAAUUGUACCCGAGGUUUAAUGGAGGAGGAGGCGGAGGAGGUGAGAGGAACGAAACAGAGCGUGUGGUAUUUAAUUUGGCUAUGGCGGGAGCUUUAACUUAUCUGACUGUUACAGGAAAGAUGGGCUGGGUUUUCGAUGCAAUCGUUUCUCUAUCACUAUUUGCAGUGCUUGUACCCGUGGCAGGGGUAGUGGUCUUCCUUUGGUUUGCAGGACGUGAAAUGGUUCAAGGGAAUUGCCCCAAUUGUGGAAAUGAAUUUCAAGUGUUCAGGUUUGAUCUAACAGAUGGUCCACAACUUUGCCCUUACUGCACCCAGCCAUUCGAAUUAGAGGAGUUUGUGAGGGAGUCUCCAAGAUUUUCAACAGAUCGUUUUGGGAAUGUCAAACAACCUUUUGGUGGUUUUACUUCUGGGCAAAAAGAACAAGAUCCCUCAGAAAUGGUUGUGGAUGUAGAGGCAGAAGUAAAAGAUAAGGACUGAAAGAGGACAUCUAACUUGGCAGGGCAAGGAGGACAAAUAUAAAUUUGUUACCAAAAGCGGAGAUGACACAUUAUUGAGUAUUUUUUGUACUCUUUGGAGUCAAUUUGUCAUAUGCUAUUUAAUUACAUGUGAUGGUUUCAAUAAGCAACCUCAUAUGGGGGUAAAAAGGGCAUCUUGUAUAUAAUUCUACAUAAUACAUGUUCUAUAUUAUUUUAUGCAGAUUAUAUAAUAAAAAAGAAGCAAAAGGUUCCUGAAUUCGUAAAAAUAUAGAACAUGUAAGUUAUCAUGCUUUCAUAUCUAUCAUCUGAAUCUUUAAUGAUAUUUGUUCACCUCAUUAAAGGAGUUGGUGCAUUGGCUUGUAGUACAAAUCUACAUG